UUCAACAUGGCGGCGCACAUAACAUUGUUUUUGUUAGCGUGAAUUAAAGUUUCCUCCCAGAGGUUUUCCCCAAACCAGGCAGAUUAACAUGGAUGAGUUUCCACUGACAACAGAACUUUUUAGUCAAUUGACACUUGGUGUUGUAAAGUCUCUAGAAAAGAGAGCAGGAAUUUGUGAUGUGAAGUUGGUUGACUCUAAACCUGCAGAGCGCCACCUAGUGGUAUCAUGGGAACAGCGUAAUUCCUGUAUGUUACCUGAGGAUCUUAAAAGAUUCUAUCUCACAUCAGAUGGACUCCUUCUCAAAUGGAGCGUUAAAUUGGAUGAUCAGUUACAGCAAGUUGGUUUGAUGGAGAUUAAUCAAGUGAAUAAUCUAAGUAAGUUAGCUGGUAAUAAAGCAACGAGUUCCAACACCCCAUCUUUAGCUGAUAUAGAUGAUAUCAGUGAUGAAGAACAGGGAGAUGAUGAAUUUUCCAGUCCUCAUUUUGACAGACGUAGCAGAAUCUUUGAGCUAGAUUCUUGUCAAGGCAUAGCUAAGGUCUGCCUUGUUUACACAGACACCAAACCAGGAAGUCCUGCUCAGCAUCCAAAGAUCUGGUUGCUAGACAGAGCUUUAAGAUGGCACUUUUUGGCGAGUACCUUCAGUCAGUAUUUCCGUAUGAUGUUAAUGCAUCUUGGUCUGCCUCAAUGGCAGUAUGCCUACACUGAUAUUGGAUUAACACCACAAGCAAAGCAAUGGUUUAAUAUCUACUCACCUCUUCGGAUUGGAGUAGAAUGUGAAGAGAAUCCAAGCAAUGAGGAUUGUGGAAAUUUCGCGAAAGGAACUCCCAAAAGUAGCUCAUCAGAUGUUAAUAAGCUGGAUACUGGUCGUGUAUUCAAAGGAAAAACUGACAAAAAGUCAAAAUCUUACCAAGGCAAAAAGAAAUCUGGAGUAACAAGCAAGCCAAUGUCUGGGAGUUCAAACAACCGAUCUGGUUCCCAACUGAGUGGAGGACGAUUGAGGUGAUCAAAAGGCCGUAAGUGGACCAGACUAAACCGGAAGCAGACUUCGGCUACAGCUACGGCGAGAUUGUGCGCGUCUGCCUAUUCUUCAACACUGGUAGACGCGCUGAUCUAGACGUAGCUGUAGCCGAAGUCGUCGUUUCGGACACGGCCUAAUUCAUGUCUUAACCCAAACUAGCCCUAAUUGUAUUCGCUAUGUCACAGUUCCAGGGAAUCAUUGGAACCUAUUAUACAGUCUCCUUGGUUGUGCAGGCUUGGUAUUCUUCCCUACUGGAGUCUGAUGUAUGAUUUCUUUUGGCCAUUGACAAAUUGGUGUUAAAUAAGCCUGAAACGUCUAUAAAAGCCUGUAGGCCUACCGUGUUUACAUGUGGGUCAGUCCUUGUACCCCUGGCCUUGUUACUACUACGACCAAAACGUGCCUAGUUGUAGUGAAAUUGUUUGACCUCCAGAACUACUUGGUUUGUUUAUGUUGACACUCUUGAAGAAUGACCCUUGGUUAAACCAUGGAGCAUUGCUCCAUGGUUAAACAGGACACUUUGUGCGAUAAGAUAUCCCAGAGUGUUUCUGUUGAAACUCUCAAAGAAUGAUACAUGGUAAACAAAGAGUUACCAGUUAGGCAGGUUGUCUGUUUAUGACCAGUAACUUUAAAAAAACAAAACACUUUCUUUAACUGCUGAGAAGAUUGCUUUAAAUUUAUAACAGAUUACUCAUCAAAACAAUUCAUAGCUGCUACAGAUAUUAUUUUCUUUUACAAACUGUAUGAAAACAAUAAGGAAACCUUUACUCCGUCCUUUUAUGAUUUAAAGGCAGUGGACACUAUGGGUAAUUACUCAAAAUAAUUAUUAGCAUAAAACCUUACUUGGUAACGAG